UCUCUCUCUCUCUCUCUCUCUCUCUCUCUCUCUCUCUCUCUCUCUCUCUCAGCCUCGCAGUCACAUUCAGGUAAGCAGAGCUUGAUUUUUGAUGAUUUUUAAGCUUGUUGUUUGAUGAAUGAUGAUGAGUGAUUGUUAAGCUGUUUUGAUUGUUAUUUGUUAAGUGAUUAUAUAAAUAAAUUGUUAAGUGAUGGUUAAUUAGUUUAGAUGUAAGAAAAACAGUGGUGGUUUUGUUUUGUGUGUGGUGGAUGAAAGAUUGGGAUGUUGUUUGGAGGAGGUUAUUGGUGGUUUGUGAUGAUGAUGAUGAUGAUUGGGCGCAGAAUAACAGUUGUGUUAUUGGGUUGAUGUUUUUUCCUAGAUUAUGCAGAUGAAAAAGGGAAACUUUGAGUUGGUGGAAGAUAAGGGUGUUAAGAUAUUGAUUGAUAACAAGGCUGUUUUUCAUGUUCUUAGAACCGAGAUAGAUUUCGUUGAUGACAAACUAAGGUAAAUGUUUCAUUUAGUUAUACUAUAUAUGCCCAUCUUGUAGUUUUGAUUAUAAACCGUUGAUUUGAAUCCAAAAGAAGCUUAUUCAUACACAUUUGGAUUUUUAACAGUAAUGAAUCUUAUGUAAGUAAAAUUGUUCUGUCUGUUCAGUAUUCACUGUGUUGCUCUUGGAUGAAUCCAUCCUCUUGUUUGGAUAGUUUUUACUGGUGUUGUCUGAAAUUGAAAAGUGUCCAUAAUUUCAUGUGUUGAUGUUUGAUAUGAAGUGACUUAGAAUCUUAAGCUUAAUUUGUUGCAAAUUUGCAAUUAUUCAUGUUCCCCUAUGUUGCCAGGGUUAAGUUUUGCCAAAUCUCCUUCCCUUCCACUUCCAAACUGUGAAUAAUCAUGCUUAUCUUUAUACAACUCUUAUUAUUUAGUGUUAAUGAGCUAGACCUGUUGUCUAAUGGGAAAACUUCAUGCACAUUUUGGCCAUUGUUUAACCUGAUACUGCAAUUUUUUACUAUGGCCUUAUGCUGAAGAUAUAUGAAUGAAUUUGUAUUUCGGUUAUAAUGGAUUUUAUUCAAAUAUUGGGUAUUUGGGUAUUGCAUAUGAAUAUGUAAUACUAAAAGGGAAGCUUUUGAUGAAAUACUCAUGAUAUGUGGUACGUAUAACAACUUGUAUGCUAUGCUAUGCUUGUUGUUAGGAAUAGUCAAUGACUAUGUUGCAAUCCGUUCACAUGUGUAAAAAUCUACUUCAUUAAAUGAAAUUUUGAUGUCCAACAACACUAGCUCGAAAUCCAUUAAUUCACAUUAGUUACUGCUUGAUCUAAUCUCUGGAUUGAAUCCUUUAGAGUUUUAAGGCUGUUCUGCCUCCAUUUUAGCAUACCCCUUGUACAUGAAGGCUUAGACCUCCUUUGUAGAAAAGGGAAGAUGUCGAUGAAUACAUGGCAUGAAUAUUAACAUGGCAUGAAUAUAAGUGUAUGGUUACAUGUGCAUGAUCUGCUAUUUGCUUGUACUUUUUUCUUUUGAGUGCAUUUGUUUAAAAUAUUAUUUCUUGGCAGAUCUGAGUUUGUUUUCAACAAUCCAAACUCCAAAGGCAUGUGUGGUUGUGGUGAAUCUUUCAUGACAACAUCAAUAAAAUAAUUUUCGUCUUAUUUUUACAAUCAGCGGAUCAGGCGUUAAACAUUUUCUCUUAUAUUUAUUUGUUUAGACAUGUUGAGAUGGUGCGGUGUUUUUUGGGUUUGCACAUGUUGGGAUCUUUGUAUUCAGCUUUUUUAUUGAAUUCUGAUAUAUGUCAUUAUUUGUACUAACUUUGGUUAUUUGGUGUGUAUUACUUGUACUAAUUUUUGUUAUGUGGUGUGUAGCAGCGGUCUCCAAAGCUAACCAAUUAAUUGUUGAGUAUAAUAAAGUGAGAGAAAUGAUUUAAAUUUUUUACUCAAAAUGAGUAAAAAAAAAAAGAUUUACUCAAAAUCUUCCAAUGUCCUUUUUCAAUGAUUCUGAAUUCUUUCAUAUUAUUUUUUUUUUAGUCAAGUAAAGAAAAAUAAACUCAUGUAAGAUGACUCUUCUCCCAUCUUACCUUGGUGAGUCAUGUCUUCCACUCUUUUCCAAACUUGCAAACAUUUGGAGUGUGGUGAGCUGAUUCAGUGUUGGAUCUUUGGUGAUCAUGUUAUCCAAUUAUCUUUAUAUACAAUGUUUUGAACUCAAAACCUAAUCAAGUGUUACUGGUACUGCUUCUUCAGUCCACCAUCAUAUCGUUAUGUGAAUUUUUUUCAAUAAUAAAAUAUUAUUCUAUGGUUGUACCAUUAUUUUAUAGUUCUCGCGUGAAACAAGUUUACAAUAUGUACAAGUCAGUUUUUACCUUAGAGGCUAGCUUGGAUGUGUGGGUAUCAUCAAGUAGAGUUACACAUUGUUUCACAAGUGCAAAACAUCAUGGAGAUGUUGAGAUAUAACUGUAGUAAGAUUGUGAGUAUAAUAGAUUCCUCAAAAUUUGAACAAUUCAAAUUUAUAAAAUGUUUUGAACUGAAAUGAUGUUUGUAUGAUGCCGGAGGUGUUGAGGUUAUAGUAUAUAUUUGAUUUUAUUAGAAUUGUAGACAUCAAGGGGUCCAUAGCUCAGUGGUAGAGCAUUUGACUGCAGAUCAAGAGGUCAUCGGUUCGAACCCGGUUGGGCCCUUUUUAUAAUAUAUGUUUAUUUUUUUAUUUGUUACUAUCUGACAGUGUUACAAUUUUAUGAACUGCUUUUAUUUUUGCAAUAUGGGGUGUACACACGAACGCAGAGUGUCAAGCCUAUUUUAUUGUGAAUUGGUGGGAGAAGAGAAGAGGUGUUUGUUUGUUUGUAGGAAAAGUUGGGUGAUAUAGGUGAACUAACUAACUACUAUCUAACAGUGAAAUGAGAUUGUGAUUGGUGGUGCAUUCAAGUGUUGAAAGAAAGAAAGAGAAAAACUGAGUUAUUUAUUAGGCGGUGCUGACUGAUUUCUAUUACUUCUUUGUUUCCUCCGUCCGCCAUUCAUUCCUUUUUUCUUAUACAUACAUACAUUCAUUUUUGUGGUGAUUCCAUUAAUAAUAAUCAAAUCAAUAAUGUCGACUGUGUUGUCGACACCGAAGGUUGGUCUUCCUCUUCCUUUGAGAUCUACCAAUGCCAACAACCCUAUUGCUAUUGCUCAAUUCAAACCCUUCUUCCCCGGACCCACUCGUCUAACCUUCAAUGCUCCCAUUACUAACAACAAACCUUGCUCCACCGUUGUUGCCUCCGUUGCUGCUGCUUCUGUCAAGGCGGCUAACAAUCCCUCUAAUCUGCUUAUUACCAAAGAGGAAGGCUUGGUGCUUUAUGAAGACAUGAUAUUAGGCCGCUCCUUUGAAGACAAGUGUGCCCAAAUGUAUUACAGAGGCAAAAUGUUUGGUUUUGUUCACUUGUACAAUGGCCAAGAAGCUGUCUCAACUGGAUUCAUUAAGCUUCUUAAGAAAGAAGACUCUGUCGUCAGCACCUAUAGGGACCAUGUUCAUGCACUCAGUAAGGGUGUUCCUGCACAUGCAACCCUGUAUAUUGUUGUCUUCCUAGUUGGGAAUAAUUUAUCUGCUUUUGCUUUGGCAGCUGAGAAGGCACACUAUGCUGGUAGGGAUCCCAUCUCUGCAUUGAAGAAAUAUAUAAUUGAGAACAAAUUAGCCAGUGAACAGGAGUUGAAAACCAUAGAGAAGAAGAUUGACGAGGUCAUUGAGGAGGCUGUCGAGUUUGCAGAGGAGAGCCCGGUUCCACCCCGCAGCCAGCUUCUGGAAAAUGUCUUUGCUGAUCCAAAGGGUUUUGGAAUUGGACCUGAUGGCAGGUACAGAUGCGAGGACCCCAAAUUCACUCAAGGCACUGCUCAUGUCUAAUAUUUUCGAGCAUGGCAUUUAUCUGCUUGGAACUUUCAGUUUUGGAUUCUUGUUCUUAUACUUAAUAGAGAUCAAAUGUUAAUUAGAAAAUGUAUUACCGUUGAUGAACUAUAUAAGCAGGAUUUGUUCGUUAGGAUGGAAUUUUAUAUUUUUUUCUCCUCUAAUAUUCAUAUCAUUGUUAAGGAAUUAUUGUUGAGUGUUGACAACGAAAAUCCAUAAAAUUUUAUUCAUUCUCUUCUCUUA